AUGUCACUGACAACUUCAAACACAAAUAUGCUUAAAAAAAUUGGUUCCCAUCAAGAGUCACAUACAAAUGGCGUAGUACCUUGCGAAAAUGAUCAACACAACGUAUUAGAACCAAUCAUUAUUGAGGGUAAACUUCUCACUUUAGAACAAUUAGUACAAAUUGUUCGUAAUCAUCGUAACGUGGAAUUGUCUGAUGACGCUGAUAUUUGUAAUCGGAUGGAAAAAUCUGUCGCUAUUAUUGCAGACGUUGUCAAUACUUCACAACCUCUUUAUGGAGUCACAAGUUUAUUUGGCGGUCUUGCAAAUCGACUUGUGUGUAGCGAACUUGCUGAAGAGUUACAGAAUAAUCUGGUACGUGCCCACAAAACCGGCUGUGGUUCAACUAUCCCAUUAGAGACGAUAAGAGCCGCCAUGAUCCUGCGAGCUAAUGCCCAUUUUAUCGGUGCUUCAGGUAUUCGUCGACUGUGGGAUGAGCGUCUCGUACGAUUUGUACGUGAGGGCGUUACUCCAUUGGUGCCAGAGUUCGGUUCGAUAGGAGCAUCCGGUGAUCUUAUUCCACUAUCUUAUAUUGCUUCAGCCAUCUCUGGACAAGAUGAAACACUACGUGUUGACUUUCGUGGUGAAGUCAUGAGUGCACCAGAGGCCCUAACUAAGCUUGGAUACGAAACUAAAAGAUAUAAUGCAAAAGAAGGAUUAGCUAUGUUAAAUGGUACUAGCGUUAUGACAGCAUCCGCUUCCUUAGCAUGCCACGAUCUGUAUACACUUAUGGCGGCGAUUAUUCAUGUUCAUGCAAUGACCCUUCAAGCGCUUGCUGCUAGUAAUCAACCAUUUCACCCAUUUUUGCAGAAGAUCAAAGGUCAUCAAGGCCAGAUCGAUGUAGCAGCUCUGCUACUUGAUUUAACUGAUGGCUCGAAAAUGAUGUAUGAUGCACUCGAUGGCAAAUUAACCAAGCGAAGUGUAGAAGCUCUAAUUCAAGAUCGAUAUUCUUUACGAUGUUGUCCACAAUUCCUUGGUCCCAUGGUCGAAACAAUGCAUGAUAUUGCUCGUAUCAUCGAAAUCGAAAUGAAUUCUGCGAAUGAUAAUCCGUUAGUUGAUACUGAUACCGGUAAAGUUUACUGUGGUGGUAAUUUUCUUGGUGAACACGUCGCUAUAGCCAUGGAUCGACUUAGACAAACUGUUGGUCUUUUAGGCAAACACUUAGACGUACAAAUUGCUCAACUAGUUACUCCGGAAUUCAGUAAUGGCCUUUCCGGCUGUCUUGUUGGUAAUCGUGCUCGGCAAGUAAAUAUUGGUGUAAAAGCUCUUCAACUCACUGGAAAUUCCAUCAUGCCAUAUCUACUUUUUCUGGGUACAUCAAUGGCAGACAAGUUCCCGACACACGCUGAGCAAUAUAACCAAAAUAUUAAUUCAAUGGGUCAUAUGUCUGCAUGUCUCGCCCGACAGUCGAUUUUUGUUUUAACUCAACAUAUCAGUAUUUGUCUUCUAAUUUGCGUCCAAGCACUUGACUUACGAGCUAAUUUGAUUCAAGAGGAACAGACUGGCUAUGAUGCUCGUCCACUGUUAUCCGAUAAAAGUCGACAACUGUAUGAAGCAAUCAGGUCAGUCAUCAAUGUGCCCAUUAGUAAAGAUCGUCCAUAUAUUUGGGACGAUGGUGAAUAUGCAUAUGAUGAGCAAAUCGCUUCUGUAACCACUGCCCUUACUACCAAUCAAAAUGGUCCACUACACAAAGCGUUAGAAUCUACCAUUGAUUGGCUCCGUUCAAAGCGAUACUCCAAUCAAACUCCGUAA